AUGCGCCUCACCUCCUUCCUCCCAGCGCUCUUCGCCGCCCCCGGUCUAGCGGCUCUCGCCUUCAAAGGUGUAGACUGGUCCUCUCUCCUCGUCGAAGAAAAGGCCGGCCGCACGUACAAAAACACUGCCGGUCAAGUGCAACCCCUUGAGACUAUUCUAAAGAACUCUGGCGUCAACACUGUGAGGCAAAGGAUCUGGGUCAAUCCAUCUGACGGCAACUACAACUUGGACUACAACAUCAAGCUCGCCAAACGCGCACAAGCCGCCGGCCUGCAGAUCUAUCUCGACAUCCAUUACAGCGACACCUGGGCGGAUCCCGCGCACCAGACGAAGCCCGCUGCUUGGGCUAGUCUGAGCACGGAUGCGCUGGUCACGCAGGUCUGGAAGUAUACGAGCGAUGUGAUGAACACCUUCCAAUCGAAUGGAAUCAAGCUCGCCCUCGUCAGCAUCGGUAAUGAAAUCACGCCCGGCCUGUUAUGGAACACAGGCAAAUUGAGCAACUCGGGUGGUCCGAAGCUUGUCUCGCAGCUGUUGAAGAGCGCAAGCAACGGUAUCAAGGAGAGCAACAUAUCCCCCCAGCCCAAGAUCUUAGUCCACCUCGACAACGGAUGGAAGUCGGAUACGCAGACGUGGUGGUACGACACCGUCCUCAACGCUGGCGGCGGUUUCUGGACCGACUCCUUCGACGUAAUCGCCGUGUCCUACUACCCCUUCUACAACUCCGCGGCUACCCUCGCUUCCCUCUCGUCCUCCCUCAACACCAUCUCCUCAAAGUGGAACAAAGAGGUCAUGGUCGUGGAGACAAACUGGCCCACCAGCUGUCCCAAGCCUGCCUACGCGUUCCCCAGCGAUGCGAAGAGCAUCCCCUUCAGCAGCGCAGGACAGACAUCCUGGAUCAAGGAAGUCGCAAAGCGCGUGUCGGGCGUACCGGGCGCAAAAGGAACAGGGCUUUUCUACUGGGAGCCAGCUUGGAUCGACAAUGCUGGACUGGGCAGCUCUUGCAACUCGAACCUCAUGGUGGAUUCAAGCGGUAAGGCGCUGGAUAGUUUGGCGGUCUUUGGCCAGAUCUAG